CAGGGCUCCCCCUGGGCCGGGACGCGUCGCGGGUCUCAGCGGUUCCCAAGGGCCGGGCGCGCUCGGCGAGAUCCCGGGGAGGGCCGGGCUGCAUCGUCGGCUUUGCUUUCAGCCUCCGGAGGCCCUCGCCAUGGAUUACCUCUCCAGGCCCGGGCUGCUCAGCGUCAUCGCGGGCGUCGCRUGCGGCGUUUGCCUGGGCUGGGGCAUUCGCGGGAGGCUCCUCAAGGGGCCCAAGGUGAGAGCGGCCGCAGCCCCCAACGAGCUGGGGAGCGAAGCCAACGUCAUGGGAGAGUCCGGGGAGUUCAAGAUGGUGCUGGUCGUCCGCAACGAUUUGAAGAUGGGCAAGGGCAAAGUAGCCGCCCAGUGUUCGCACGCGGCCGUGUCUGCCUACAAGCAAGUGCAGAGGAGAAACCCCGACCUCCUCAAGCAGUGGGAGUACUGCGGGCAGCCGAAGGUGGUGCUCAAGGCUCCCGAUGAAGAGGCUCUGGUGCAGCUCCUCGCAGACGCUAAACAGCGGGGCCUGACCGUGAGCUUAAUACAAGAUGCAGGUCGUACUCAGAUAGCGCCAGGCUCCCGGACAGUGCUCGGAAUUGGGCCGGGACCUGCCGAUGUAGUAGAUAAAGUUUCUGGUCAUCUAAAACUGUUCUGAGCUAGGGACCAAGGAAAUGUGAGUGUAACAGCGUACUUGAAUAUCAAACCAGUAAAAUCCAAAUUUGCAUUUUUUUC